AUGGAUCAGAAUAGGUCAAGCAAUAAAAUCACUGAGAUUGUCAGGCUUCAGCAAAUGUUAAAGAAGUGGAAAAAGCUUGCAAUUUCUCCAAAGAAAAUCUUUCUCGGGAGAACCUCUUCUUCUUCUUCUUCCUCUUCCUCUUCUUCAGUAACAAAUGGAGUUCCAAAAGGAUUUUUAGCUGUCUGUGUUGGAGAAAAGAAGGAGAGAUUUGUGAUUCCAACAGAAUAUUUGAGUCACAGAGCAUUUUCAGUACUGUUAAAAGAAGCAGAAGAAGAGUUUGGGUUUCAGCAGGAAGGAGUAUUGAGGAUGCCAUGUGAGGUUUCUGUGUUUCAGAGUAUUCUGAAAGUGGUGGAAAAGAAUAAGGAGAGAGUCUGUUACUGUUCAUCUGAAGCAGAAUUUGCUCAGACUGCUCACUGUCUUCCUCCAAAGCCAAUAUACAGGUGA